UUACGAAUUGUAUGUUACAGUGAACGGGUACACGAUGUCAUUCUUUGAUUUCUCUAAACCAAAAAUGUUCGAUGUGAAAAAACGUAUUGGAGCGUUUGAGAAAUUCGAGGACGCUGACAGUAUGCCUGGUUCUGAGUCAUGGGUCGAGCUGGCACCAAGUAGGGCAAGCUUGUGUAGUAGCGUCGACGCCUCAAUGGUUCUUGUAGAUGAACAUAAGGACAAGGAUUCUCGGCUGAGUCCUGUUUCUGUACAGUCUCCGCAUGUGGAAUUUGACAAUUUGGAACAAGUGAAAUUUCGUUUGGUUCGUGAUAUGAUGCCGGCUGGAAAGAAUAACGAUUGGAUAUGGGAUUGGAGCAGCAGACCUGAAGCAUAUCCGCCUAAAUGCGUUCGCGUAAGGCAGUAUGGUUCAAACCUGACCACUCCACCUAAUUCGCCUGAACCUGAGCUUAUGACCGUAUUCGCAUACGAUGUCGAACCGAAAUCCAUGUCUCUAACGGUUGUCGUUAGCUUUAUCGUCUCGAAUGUCAUAACAUUUGUCAUUGGAGCAGCCAUUGGCUUUGCCGUCUGCAAACGUCUCGUCAAAGAGCGAAAGAUCUAAAAGCAGGUCCGAUCAACUAGUCGCUGGACGAUUCUACGAAAUUAUUUUGUCCCUCAAAUUAUUCCCAAUUUUCGUUCAUUUUCUUCGUCAGAACAUUCGCAUGUGUGCGCCCACUGUGUCUACGCACACGUUGAGACAGUAGAGCUGAGCUCGUUCUCACAAACCCAUGCCCUAGACUAGCCAAGUUCACACACUCUAACUGUUCUCCCCCUCGCAUAGUGUGAUUCAUCCUGAACUUACUGUUAUGGCGUGCGGAGGUAUUCUGAAUAUCUCGAAACGUCAGUCCAAUGCACAAUCUGUGUGCUGUUGUGCACCUCGUAUACAGAGCCCCAUAGCACAUAUGGUUGUACAUUUGUUGUACAUAGCGGGAUGUACGUACGUCACUUCCAUGGUCGUUGUUACCUUUUGUAUAUAACUAUGUACAGAACAUUGUACACUUGAUGUGAUUUGUCUCCAGAAUAAAAUUGGCCAAAGUUCAUCUGC